AUGUCUAUAACUGCACAAAUUGUCCCAGCAAUCUGUACGAAGCAAUUCAGGCUUCCGUUUGAACGAAGAGACGUCAUUUUGCGUCUCCACGAAGUAUUACCGUCCUCCGUGGAAUAUGCAAAAGCUGUUUUCUCUCAAAAACUCAAGGAAGAAAUCAAAGUGGAACCUAAUGGAACUGCCACUCUUAUAUGUGAAAUGGUCGAAGAAAGUACAACGGCCACUUGGCUGAAGGAUGGUGCUAUACUGAAAGCAGACAACAGGAUUGAAAUGAUUUCUGAAAAGAGGACUCAGAAACUUAUAAUUCACAAGGUCACAUCUUCUGAUAGUGGCGUGUACACAUGCAAAGUUGGAAAUGUAUCUACCACUGCAAGAUUAAUUGUUGAAGAAAUGAAAACAGAAUUCACCAGAAAACUCACAGAGACAAUAGUGAAAGAGAAAGAAACUGCAACAUUUACAUGUGAAACAUCAAAGGAAAACAUGCAAUCUGUUUGGAUGAAGGAUGGUAAACAGAUAAAAGCAGAUAAAAGAAUUGAGAUAAUCAGGGAGAAGAAGAUCCACAAACUUGUCAUUCAUGAAGUAACCACUGCUGAUAAAGGAGAAUAUAGUUGUGUUAUUGGUAGUAUUUCUACAACAGCCAAACUUAUUGUUGAAGAAGCAGUUGGCGAUGUAGAGUCAGAUGAAGCUGCCAAGAAACCAGAAUUCACAAAGAAACUCACUGACCAGGAAGUAAUUGAAAAAGACACUGCUACUUUUGUCUGUGAAAUGUCCCAAGAGAACCUGAAACCAAUUUGGAUGAAGGGAGGACAAAAACUGACAGCAGACAAAAAGUAUGAAAUCAUCACCAACAAGAAAAUUCACAAACUUAUUAUUCAUGAUGUCACUAUGCAAGACAAAUCAGAAUAUAGUUGUAUUUUUGGUGAAACCUCAACUUGGGCUAAAUUGAUUGUGCAAGAAGUUAAAGUUGAGUUUAGUAAGAAACUCAAUGAUCUCAAGGUAAAAGAAAAGGAAACAGUAACAUUUGUCUGUGAAUUGUCUGAAGAAAAUGUGAAGCCAAUUUGGAUGAAGGGAGGACAACAAUUGAAAGCAGACAAGAAACAUGAAAUGAUUACAGAAAAGAAAUCACAGAAACUUAUCAUUCAUGAUGUCACUGCUGAAGACAAAGGAGAAUACACAUGUAUUUAUCGAGAUACCUCUACUUGGGCCAAGUUGGCUGUUGAAGGUGAGUGGCCAAGAAAAUUAAAUAAUUAG